AAACAACCAGUGUGAAAAAAAAGCCAAGCCUCACAUUGAGUCUAGAGUAAAGCUCCUUAGGAAGCAAUAUGAUGCUAUUUCAGAGAUGCUUAGUCCGGGUGCUAGCGGAUUUGGGUGGAAUGAUGAUGGGAAGUUUGUUACGUGCCCACAAUCAGUUUGGGAUGAAUGGAUUAAGAGUCAUAAAAAUGCAGAAGGGUUAAGAAACAAGCCAUUUCCUUUUUAUGAUAACUUAGGGAAAAUAUUUGGCAAAGAUAGGGCUAUUGGGAAUGAAGCUACAAAUGUUGAUGAUGUACUUGAUGAGGUGGAUGAAGAAGACAAAGGUGAAGAAGAACAAGAAGUCCCUCAAUAUUCUGAAGAACAUAUUAGUUCAACUCCUCUAUGUAAUCAAACAAGGCCUCCACUUUCAACAACACCUACAACUACUAGGACGAAAAGAGCAAGAACCGAAAUAAUUGAAGUUUUAAAAGAGUUUUCGACCAAAGUUGGAAAAAUCAGCGAUGUAAUGGAAGCUGCAGGCGAGCACAUAGGACGACUUGCCAAUUGUUUUAAGCAUGAGUUCGAUUCUGCUGAGCGAAGGAUGAAAGUGACUUCCGAGGUAAUGAAAAUUGAAGGUUUAUCUCCUACUGAAGUUCUUUUGGCUUCUAAAAAUACUGCCCCCUUAACCCUCUCGAAGUUGACCUUUUUUUUUUUUUUUUUAGCCUUCCAGAUGACUAUAAAUACCCUUAUAUUCCGGGUCUCUUGAAACAUAAAUUUUCAUUUGAUGUAGGUGAUCCUAACCUAUGACUCAUAAUUUUUUUGGUGAUUUAGUACUACACUUUUUGUAAAGUCUAACGAAGUAUUGCAGCUUGUGAGCCAAAUUAGAUUUGCUUAUGCUUAUAUUGGGGAUAUAACACUGGUCUUUUGUAAGGAACACUACGAAACAAUCUCAUCUAAUUUAGGCUCUAGUUAUUUGGCUAGUCAGUUUUUGCAGAAAAUAUUCUCUCUUUAUGUAAGCACCUUGUAGCUCUUUUAUAAUAUACGAAAUAUGAAUUAUUCAAAGUAGCCAUAAUACUUGUAUACAUUCUA